AUCUCUCCACACAUCUAAGUUUUAGUCACUUAUCAUUUUGAAGUCAAUUCAGAGCUUCUGGCAGUUUAUGUAAUCUUAAGCUACUCUUCUCACCUUUGUUGCAGAAUUCUCAAUCAUGUUGAGUCCUUUUUAGUUAACAUCAGUUCUUAUUUCAUUAAGAAGGAGAUACAAUUUUAGUAACAAGGUGUGCCUUUGGCUUUGAGUUAACAUCUUGAGAGCAGGUAGGUUUUGUACCCGUCACAGAUCAGAUGCUUUUAAAACACUGCUGUUAAGAAUCAGUUCAAGUAACAUGUUUUUGGCUGUGACUUCUUGGGCACUUUUUCCCACAGUUUACAAGGCCAGAAUUAAUUCAUGUGUCCUGUCCUGUGUCCCCAAGAGAGAAGUGCCUGGGGCAUCUUGCAGGGCCCAGAGGUGGCACUGGAGCCUCCACGUGGUGCUGUUUUGGGAAAUGGACCAAGUCACCCCUGGUGGCUGAUUCUUGCCACACUUGAGUGCUGUUUGCCAGAGGAUCUGGCAGACCAUUCUAGGAAACUACAUCCCCCUCUCUGUUUUUCCAUCUUGUUCAAUAGUUUGGCAGGAGAAAUAAGGUAUAGAGUGGCGAAACCUAAGGAUUUAGGAAAGCAUAUGCUUCCUGUCAUGCUCUGUAGGACCAGAUUCUGGGAUCAUGUUGGCUUUAUCCUGGUCUGAUUCCAAUUAUUGCCAUGCACUUAACAUUAACUAUACUCCAGCUAAAUGUGAAUUAGGUUCUCCUUAAGCCUUACACAUUUAUCUAGUGAAUAGUAAACAGGAUUAGUAGAAGACAACUAAUAAACCAACAAUAAUAAUAUGUUAGCUGUCUUCUCCCUGCAGCCAUCUUAUUUCCUGCUGCCUUUCCUAUGGGAUUACAGGUAUUCAUCAACAUCGUCAGAUACUGUCCUGGUAUGUUCCUACAGGGAUUCCCUCCGAGUUCACUGCAACUUGCUCACGUCUCUCUCUGGUUUACUACAGUAUAUUCCUGAGUUAGGAGAGUGCAAAGAAAUUAUCUACAGGAGUAAAAAGGAGAGGAGAGGUGUUUUGUCCUGAGGGGUUGUUUUGGUUUUUUAAAUAGGUGAGAAAGGACUAUGACAAAAAUCCUGCUCUAGCUCGUGAAUGCAAUCCAACACCUGAAUAACUAAAACCAGAUUUUGGCCCAAUUACUAGAAAGUAAUUCUUCUCCUGUCUUUAUGACCUGUACUGCUGUUAAUAGGAAGCUUCAACUUCAUAAAAAGGAAUAAAAUUCAGCCCUAACUCAAAACUCAGUUGAUAAGGGGAAAUGUUUUAACUUUAAAAAAUACACACCCCAUUCACUGAACCUUUGAGACCUGCAAAUGUUUAAAAAGAAAAAAAAAAAAAAAACAAACCUGCAGCAGCUGCAAUUUGAAAAACAACACCGACGCUAAAAAUAAGUAAUUUUUACUCUUAAGUACCUCAUAGCUUAUUUGCAGAUAGUUGUACACUCUGAGAAGAAGAAAAAAAAUUUGUAAUAGGCCCUAGGUCAGCUGCAUUGAUUUAAUGCAUUACUUAGGCUGCCAGAGCAGAGGUAGAAUCUCCUCGCACUGCAUUAGGAGCGCCUCAAGCCUCCGUGACUCCUUUUGAUCAAAUCUCUGUGAAAGAUGAGUGUCAUGCCCUCUUCAAGCCAGCUGUGAGGGGACUGCCCUGCGACUGGAGGAGCGCGCUGGAGCACAGCACUCCGGGGCAGCGAGGUGAGAGCUGGCUGCAGAGGUGAGAGGCAGACACAACUUCGUACUGUAGGUCUGGAGAACACCAAGGGGGAGGAUCUUAUUUCACUCCCCUGUGCACAGCCUGAGCAUACAUCAGACCUUGAGGUGCUCAGAGUCAGACAAGAGUAAAGAGGCGUGUGAUGGUUCUUCUGCCUUAGUACUUGUACAGGCAGGAGUGUUUCCAGUACUUCUUUGUACAACUCACUGAGGGAAUGGGAAACUGUUUUAUAGCUCUGGAAACAUAAGCACAGUAAGAAUGUCUGAGGCUAUCCGGUGCACUCUCGUGAACUGUAGUUGUCAGUGCUUCAAACCUGGAAAAAUAAAUCAGCGACAAUGUGACCAGUGCCGGCAUGGAUGGGUAGCACAUGCCCUGAGCAAACUAAGGAUUCCAAACCUCUACCCAUCAAGCCAAGUAGAAAUAGUUCAAUCCAAUGUUGUCUUUGAUAUCAGUAGCCUCAUGUUGUACGGAACCCAAGCCAUUCCCGUGCGCCUUAAAAUUCUGCUCGAUCGGCUUUUCAGUGUUCUGAAGCAGGAAGAGGUGAUACAGAUUCUCCAUGCUCUGGAUUGGACACUGCAGGAUUACAUACGUGGAUAUGUGCUACAGGAUGCUUCAGGAAAGGUGCUAGAUCACUGGAGCAUAAUGACCACUGAAGAAGAACUGGCUACUUUGCAGCAGUUUCUUCGCUUUGGAGAAACUAAGUCCAUUGUAGAGUUAAUGGCAAUUCAAGAGAAAGAGGGGCAGUCGAUCAUAAUACCACCACCAACUGCCAAUUUGGAUAUUAGGGCAUUCAUUGAGAGCUGCAACCCACACAGUCCUAAUUUUUCGGCUUCCUUGGACAAAAUGAGUCCCACCAACAUUCAUCCCUUUGAGAAUAUUGUAAAUAAUAUGGCUUUCAUGCUGCCGUUUCAGUUUUUCAGUCCAGUGCCUCCACCUUUGAUAGGUUCACCACCAGAAAGACAUUUGAUUGAGCAAGGUCAAGACCAUGGCAACGAAACCAAACAAGAUCUUCAGAUACCAUUUUCUGAAAGUAGUUUCUUAACUUCUAGUUCUGCACCAUUUCAAGUUGAAAAUGAGAGGAGCAUAAAUGGUCCAGAUGUCACUAAAACAGAGGAUGAUGCCCUUUUAAGUGAUUCCAGUUCACAUAAUACAGCAGCCAAGCUUGAAAUGACAGCACUAUCUCCAGAAAACAGAAUGAAAUCUGUUGAAAAAAAUGCUGGGCCAAGGAAAGGGCGUGUCUUCUGCACUGCAUGUGAAAAAACAUUUUAUGACAAAGGUACUUUGAAAAUACAUUACAAUGCUGUUCAUCUGAAGAUAAAGCACAAAUGCACCAUUGAGGGCUGCAAUAUGGUGUUCAGCUCACUGCGUAGUCGAAAUCGUCAUAGUGCAAAUCCUAACCCCAGACUCCACAUGCCAAUGAACAGAAAUAACAGGGAUAAAGAUCUAAGAAAUGGUUUGACCAUUGCUGGACCUGGAGAUAGUAAAAGGACAGAAUUUGCAAUUUUAACUCCGGAUAGCAGAACUAUUUCCAGCUAUGCCAGCUCCUGUACAGAUUCAAAAGGCCAGGCUGGAUUUUCCAGUAUUGGACAUAACGGUGUCCUCUUUCCAAACCUGAAGACAGUACAGCCUGUUCUUCCUUUUUACCGUAGCCCAGUCACACCGGCUGAGCUUGCCAACACUCCAGGUACUCUUCCUUCUCUGCCUCUUGUUUCUUCCUCAAUACCAGAGCAGCUUGUUUCCAAUGAAUUGCCAUUUGACAUGCUCCCCAAGAAGAAAUCUCGUAAGUCCAGUAUGCCCAUUAAGAUAGAGAAAGAAGCUGUUGAGACACCCCAUGAAAGUAGCGAUGUUGCCAGCUCUGAAGAUGAUUCACGUCUGCAGGGGGUAAGCGAUGGAGAGCUUGAGACCUGUGAGCAUAAGAUAGAGAAGCGGGUGACCGACAGGGUGGAAAAGCACCCCCAUUCAGGUAAUUCAUGGAAAUCUCUCUCUGGGGUAGAGGGCCCAAAGUAUUUUGAAUCUGUCUUUGCGCCAAAUAACAAAUACAUCGAGGAGAUCUCUGAGAAUGAAAUGCAACACUGUGAGAAAGAGGUUAAACCAGAAGAAAACCAACCAUUAAAAAUAGUUUCCCAUGAGAUUAUAUAUGAAGAUCCAAAACACCAGCACAGUGAUGUUAUAAAACCAAUGACUGAACCCCCCAUGUAUAUUAAAGAGCAGUCAAAGCACAGGAUUCCUAAAAAUGACUGCCCUGAAUUGCAACACCACUUGCUGACCGGGGGCUUUUUCAGCACUUUGUCAAACAGGGGUGCUGCCAUUCCUUGUUUUGAAGACUCUAAAGAUAUGGAUCAUGUCAGUCAACAUGCACUAGGGAUUCAGAAGGAAGAAAGCCGCUUUCAUUGCGACAUCUGUAAGAAGACUUUUAAAAACCCUUACAGUGUAAAAAUGCAUUUCAAAAAUGUACAUCUCAAAGAAAUGCAUAUUUGCACAGUUGAGGGCUGUAAUGCUGCUUUCCCUUCUCGUAGAAGUCGAGACAGACAUAGUUCAAACCUAAAUCUUCAUCAUAAGCUUCUGACUAAAGAUACACUGGAAUUCAACAACCAUUUCAAUGCAACAUACCUCUUGAAAGACAUGGCUAAGGAGUUCUGCCAAGAUGUCUCUUUAAAACAACACGUUGGACAUACUUCUGUAAUCUUCAAAGGGAUGAACAGAACAGGCACCUAUGUUUUUCCAAUGAGCAAAAUUGCAGAACCCUGUUCUGAGAGUUAUGGAUACGAUCCAUUAAAUGAUGGAGCUGUUCUGGAUCUAAGCACUACUUCCAGCGUUAAAUCUGAGAGCAGUGCUCAUUCUUCUUGGGAUUCUGAUGGAGGAAGUGAAAUAUGCACCAUGCCCUUGGAUGAUAGUGAUGAAAGCUGUGAAGGACCCAGCCUAAUGCCCAAUGAUGAACUCUACCAAGACUGUACUUUAAUUGAGAAAGCAAAUCAAAACUUCAUAAAUUUACCUUCCAGUUUGCCAAUAACUUGUCAUAUAUGUCAAAAAACAUACAGUAAUAAAGGAACUUUCAGGGCUCAUUACAAAACUGUGCAUCUCCGCCAGCUCCACAAAUGCAAAGUCCCAGGUUGCAACACAAUGUUUUCAUCUGUUCGCAGUCGGAACAGGCACAGUCAAAACCCCAAUCUGCACAAAAGUCUGGCUGGGUCACCAACUAGCUUACAGUAAGAUCAGACUGAUCUUAAUUUAUUUCUACUAAGAAUUAAUCAUUUCAAUUAAGGAAUGUGUUAACAUUAGUUUUAUUUAAGCUCAUUUGACUUCUAGCUCAACAACCACAGUCAAAUUCUUUUCUCCUGUGUGUGCUCUCCAGUUUCAGUUAGCAAAGCUUGGUGCUGUAGUUUUUGUGCAAUUGUUUGGUUUGAUGUUGAACAGCUAAAACUUCUGAAAGGAACAGAAAACAUCUUAGAAGUGGUGGAAAUAUGGAGACAUUAACUAAAAUGUUUCUGAUACUUGUGAAGUAGUACUUGCCACAGUAGGAGCUUCAAAUGAGAAUCAUCAUUGCUUAUGUUUACAUGUUAAAUGGGUUAUUGUGUUGUGUAAGAAAUGAGUAAUGGUUGGGGUGAGUUUCCUCUGGUUGAGCUGAGAAUUUGGAGGCUAUCAUUUCUUUCUUCUUAGUCUGAAGCUGACUUGCAGUAGUAGAACAGAAUAUAUGUAAUUAACUAUAUCCCAAAAUCUAAAAGAGAAAAUACAAAUUUGGGAAAGCUGCAUACAGUCCAAAUCUUCUGAAAAUCCUGCAGUCCUCACUGUUUAAGUUUGCAUUUCACUUCAGUAAAGAUUACAGUAUUUUGGUUUUUGUGGAAUUUAAUACCAUUUGCUUUGGAGCAAAAGGGGCUACUUAACUUGUUGGCAAAAUAGCCUGAAAAAAUCUGAGACAUUCUGGUAAAUUGUAGUGGUAGAAAAAAUAAAUAGGUUAAGCUAAAAUUUCUAAACUACAGCAAAUGCAUCCAUAAAAUAGGAGAGAAAAUAAGCCCUUCAAUUUAAAAUGCACUUUUUGAGUUCUACUUUCAGGAAGAGAAAAGUUUAAAAAUAAGGGAAAAAAAAAAAAAAGAGGAAAAAAUCCCAUGCCAAAUAUCCAAACUGCUUAGAAGUUUGAGGGUGCAAUUCUACGCCUCUGAGAGAAAGAGAUAAAAUGGAUGCAUUAGACAGAUACACCUUUUAUGAUGCAGCAUUUACUUUCUCUUACAGUGGGGGAUAAAAUGUGUCGAUUUCUGUAACAAUAGAAGAAUGGUUAUUCUCAUUCACUUCUCUUUUUUUAUAAGAACGUUGUUCAAUAUCUGUUGAAAUGUUUCGUAUCUUUGUAGUUGCCCCUGUAAUUAACAGUAUUCUGCAUUACGUUCUCUGCACUUAAGAAGACUGGCCUUGCAUUGUAUUUAAAAACACUUUAAUAUUUAAUUUGUAGUCACAUCAUAGAAAUGCUAUGCGUAUACUUGUGCCCUCUUUCAAUCACUUGCAAAGAGGAAAAGAAAUAAGAAAGCAAGUCUUACAGUCCCUUUUUUACUUUAUUCCACCAGUGGGAAUCUGUUGAUCAAUUCUAGUAUGCAAGCAUGACAUUGACAGCACAAUCUGUACAUAUUAUACCAAAGUGCUUACAGUAUUUGUGGUUUCUAGAACGAGUCUAGUUUUCCAGUAUAACUGGAUCUUAGUCUUUAUUCAUUUUUGUGACUGAAUAAAAAUAGACUAAAAUUCAGGAUUUCAAAUGUAUGUAGAAAGAAUAGUACAAUGCUAUUGCCAUAUGUCUUGAUGUUUAACUUAUUCUAAAAAAUCCUAUGGUAUUGUAACCAUUUCAUAUUGUAUAAAAGAAACAAUGUGGACUGAAUAUUUCACCAAUUCUUUUGAAAACUGGUUUGUGUGUGAGUAUGGGUUAUGCAAGGAAAAAACAUGACACAGUUGUAAAUGUUUAUGCUCACUAGAAAUGGUUUCCAUGCAUUGUGUAAAGUAAUCUUCUAUUUUUUUAAUUUACUGUAGGUUUAUGUGAUAUUUAAAAUAAUCCAUUUGUGCUUGAAGCCGUCAGGAAAAAAUACUAGUGUGCAGAAAAUUGUGCCAUUGCUUUGAGGUUUUGUGUUCUGGGGGAAUUGGUGUUUUGGUUUUUUGGGGGGAGUAGGGUGGUGUUUUUUUGUUGAGAUUUUUUAUUGGUUUUUUCUUUGGAUUUUUAAUAGAAACUCCUAUCAGUGGGGGUUAUAGUUUAAAAGCUAAGGGCACAAUCACAGGAGACGCAAUUGCUCCAAGCCUUUUGAUAGUAUAAAUCAAUUAUUUGUUAUCCAGCUAUUUCAAGCUCUUUUUUUUUAUACAUAUAUAUAUAAAUAUAAACCUCUUUGUUUAAUCAUUAACUGUUUUUUUGAAACAAAAUGUGAUGUAAACAAAUGUUGUCAUGCCCAUUUAUUUCGUUUUCACUGUGUCAAAAAAAAAAGAAACACAUUUGUAUACCCUAAUAAUUUUGUAUGUGUUAAUAAAAACUAAUAAUAA